UUCCAACCAGCUAAAACUGGCAACAGCUAUAGACCGCAGGAAGAUAGAGAGAAAGAAUCAGAGAUGGAAUAUUCCGACGAAGAUGUCGACGUCAUCAUCAUCGGCGCCGGCAUCAUGGGCAGCUGUACGGCCUACGAGCUAUCAAAGCGUCGCCUGAAAGUAAUCCUCCUCGAGCAAUUCGACUUCCUCCACCAGCGUGGAUCCUCGCACGGCGAGUCGCGCACCAUACGUACAACCUACCCGGAGGGAUACUACUCCGGCAUGGUCGUCGAGUCGGCCCGCCUAUGGGAAGAAGCGGAGUCGGAGAUCGGGUAUCGGGUCUACACCAAGACCCCACAAUUCGACAUGGGCCCAUCGGAUAACAAGAGUCUCCAAUCAGUGAUCGAGAGUUGCCGGUCCAAUUCAAUACCCCAUCGGAUCCUUGACCGUCGGCAAGUUGCCGAGCAGUUCCGAGGGGCAUUCGACAUACCGGACGGUUGGAUUGGAUUGUCGACUGAGAUGGGCGGUAUAAUCAGGCCCACGAAGGCUGUGUCCAUGUUCCAGACGCUCGCGAUCAGGCAUGGGGCCCACCUGAUGGACCAUAUGGAGGUGGUGGAUAUCAAGAAGGAUGGUGGAGGGUGUGGUCGGAUUCGGGUCUACACCGCUUGUGGGAAGAUGUUAUCGGGUAGGAAGUGUGUGGUGACCGUUGGUGCAUGGAUGAGAAAGUUAGUUAAAACGGUUAUCGGCCUUGAGCUGCCUAUCCAACCGUUGCACACCACCAUAUGCUACUGGAAGAUCAAGGAGGGGUUAGAGGGCGAUUUCUCGCUCGAGAGCGGCUUCCCGACGUUUGCAAGCUACGGUGAUCCGUACAUCUACGGCACGCCGGCAUCAGAAUUCCCGGGGCUGAUCAAGAUCGCGGUCCACGGAGGUUAUCCGUGCGAUCCAGACCGUAGAACUUGGGCCACAGACAUGGGCCUGAUGCAGAAUGCCCUGUCACCAUGGAUCAAGAAGAGGUUCGGGGGGCGCGUCGAGUCCGGUGGGCCCGCCUUCACGCAGUCAUGCAUGUAUUCCAUGACCCCAGACGGCGAUUUCGUGAUCGACUUCCUCGGAGGCGAGUUUGGGCAUGAUGUGGUGGUCGCCGGGGGAUUUUCCGGCCAUGGGUUCAAGAUGGGCCCAGUUGUGGGGAGGAUUGUAUCAGACCUGGUCCUUGAUGAUGAAGCCCAAGGGGUGGACCUCAGCUACUUCAGGUUGGGAAGGUUUGAGGAGAAUCCAAAGGGGAAUGUGAAGGAGUUUGAGGACCAGGUCUCUUCUCACGUGCAUCCAUAGGGGGACUGAUCAAACAUACUAUUUGGUUAUGGUGGCACACGUGUGGACUUUGAUUCAGGCACGUGUGCCCAACAACGCAUGUGGACAGUUGGAUCUUUCUGUUUGGCAUUCUGGGUCUAUGUGGGGGCCAUUAGUGCCCAAUUGCAUGUGGAUGGUUGAGUCUUUAUGUUUGGCAUUUUGGGGCCAUUUGGGUUUAUAUCCUUUGUUUUUUGUUCCCAUCCAUGCAUUGUUUUUAUGUGGGCUUUCUUUCUUCAGUGAUACCAACACCAACUCAAAAGUGUAGAGUUUUAUUCAUGGAAUAGGAAAUGAUUUAGGUAGUGUUUGGAUGUAG